ACUCCAUUUAAUAAUGAAGAUGUAACAUCAAUCCUGUGGAAUAGAACUGACCCCUCGAAAAAUUAUGAAAAAAGAGGAAACAUUAAAGAUGAUGUCUGGAGAAUCCUUGGUGUUGUUCCGACAGACAGUGGCUUCUACAACUUCAGGCGAAGAGACGGCAGUCUGGAUUCAAGGAUAAAUCUCACAGUGAAUGAGUACACCUACAACUUUUCCCGAAAUCUAAAUGAACAGCUCUUUAUAGAUUAUCCUUUGACUGGUGGACCAUGGACUGUGACUUUUAAAUCGGAUAUAGAAGAUGAAACAGUCACAGUAAUGAAAGAUGGAAAGUUGGUCUUUGAUAAUGACAUUUUCCCGUGGAGAAUUGCUGAUCGGAAUCACGGCAUCGAUAUAGGCCCAAUACAUCAUAAAGAUUCUGGUACCUUUGAGUUCAGAGACCCACAAGGUAACCUGGCCUUGUCUGUGGCUCUGGAUGUCAGCGUUGAACCUGCUGGCGGACUUGCAUUGAUCAUUUGUGUUGUGGUGGGUCUGCUUUUGGGGAUAUGUUGUUGCUACUGCUGUUGUAAAAAGAAAUGCUGUAAAAAGGACAAACCUGCUGUUGUACUGACACAAGGACCUGUUGCCUAUCAUGAGAAUUCUGCUUCAGCUGCUCCAGCACCUGUCACAUAUUAUCAUGGUACGAACCAGCCAACAGGACCAAGUUACUCUAAUACAUCUUAUUCUUCAGUUUAUCCUCCUCAUCCAGUAAAUCCUCCAGCCUACGCAUCACCUGCAGCUGUGUCAAUGGGACCGUCGCUGUCGGAGCCUAAUACCACUGUGUACCCUCCACAGCCUACCAUUUUAAGCCCCCCACAGCCUGAACCCGCUUCUCAGGUUGGACCUCUAACAUAUCAGGAAAGUGAAGCAGCUCCCACUUUCAGCUUAGAGGUCUCUGACGAUCAGCCGAGAUUUCAGAUAAAAGGACUGGCAUUUCCCUCGGCUCCUCCUCUCACUGCAGAUGCACCCUCGACUGAUGUUUACAUCUCAGAUAAACUAAACUUUUUAUGAACAGACUGCUAAACACUGUGUUGAGGGAGCUGUUUCAGUUUGCCCAUGCUGCAUUUAGUAACAAUACAUCACUACAUGCAUUAGGAAUCCAGGGAAGAGAGACAGAAAUCACGCAGCUGGAAUAUAAGUUGUUUAAGUUUAUAAGUUGUUUAAGGACUUACAAACCUCAAAUUUUAGAUUUGUCUUAAUUAUUUUUGGUGACGAUCUCAUGCCAGAGAUCCAAAGCAUUUUACUGUAUAGUUGUGUAACCUAUAUAAUCUUUAAAAUGUUGCAUGGUGAAGUCUGAUUUAGUGCAGUUUCUAUAAUGUGGUUUCUACAAUGUCUAUCUCUCUUUGAAGCUGAGAUGCAGCAUCAAAAUCAAUUGUUUUCAAAUAACGUCACACAUUAAGCCCUUUACAGGAGACUAGACACAAGCUGCUUGCACUGUGCAUAGAUAUAUUUUUAUAGGUAAAAGAUGAUGGCUUGCUGGGAAAAGGCUGCAAAUUACUAAUAUGAGUAUAUAUGCAUGAGAUCAGAAUGUCUUCAGGUAUAUCAAUAUGACAUUUCUUAAAAGUGUUACAUUUAAAUCACUUUUCCCGAGGCAUAAAAUUAAAAUAACACCAAAUUUGUCUACUUGAUAUUUAUAAAUUUAUCUCAAUGUAUAUUUUAAAUAUGUAGACGUUGCCUUUGAAAACUGAUGACUUUUUAGCUUCCUGUUUAACAUUAGUUUUUAGCUUUCAAAAUCUUUUCUCUGUGAUUUAACUGAGACCUGUGGAUGACGAGAUAAACUGUUGCUGUUUUUCAUUUAUUUUUUAAACUUUGCUAUGAAUUUAAACCAUAUAUACAUAAUCAUGUGUUGUUCAAUCUGUGGAUUACUGUUUGAAACUUGUUAAUAUAUUAAAAGAACAAGUUUCAAACUUUGGUUUGGAGUACCUCAAGGGUCCAUGUUAGGUCCCUUUCUUUUUUCAGUCUACCUCCUGCUCCUCUGUUCCAUUUUUUUGAUAAUUGAUAUGUCCUUUCAUUGGAUUACAAAUGACUGUCAAAUCUACCUUCCGAUGCAAAAGAAGGAUGUAAAGUAAAUUCAAACACUGCCUAUUUGUCUGGAAGAAAUCAAAGCAAAGCUUGAAUGGCAUUAAACUUUUAAAGUUUUAAAUAAAAAUAAGACUUUGUC